AUGGCAAUUGGAGUUGCAAUCGUGGGGAGCGGUCAUUUCGCCAAAGAGCAGCAUCUGCCCGCCGUCCAAGCCGCAGCAGACCUGCGCCUUGGAGCGAUUUACUCGCGAUCUUUGAAAUCAGCCCAGGCGCUCGCUGGCAGCACGUCUGACGUCGAUCUGUAUUCCGAUGACUCCGGGGCCGGCAAGUCCUACGCCGAUCUACUGGCCCGUUCAGACAUCGGCGCUGUGAUCAUUGGCCUCCCCAUCCUGGUCCAGCCAGAGUUUAUCAGGAAAGCGCUCCAGGCCGGCAAGCAUGUCUUGUCUGAGAAGCCCAUCGCCAAGGAUGUCCCCACGGCCCAGGACCUUCUCCAGUGGUACCGGGCCAAUAUUAAUCCCCGGAAGACUUUCUGGGCCGUGGGCGAGAACUACCGGUACCUGACGAAGCUGCUUUUUGCUGCGGAGCAGGUGCGCCAGAUGGGCCCGGUGCGCCAUUUCCGGGUCAAUGUCCACAGCCUGAUCAAAGGCGACAAUAAAUACUACUUGACACCUUGGCGCAAGAGUCCCGAGUACCAGGGCGGAUUCCUCCUGGACGGAGGCGUGCAUAUGGUUGCAGGGCUGCGUUUGAUUCUGGGCCGCGACGAGCCCAUCACCACCGUGUCGGCGCUGUCACAGCAGCAGCAGGCGUAUCUGCCGCCGGUGGACACGGUGGACGCGGUCGUGAAGACUGGCUCCGGUGCUACGGGCGUUGUCUCCCUCUCGUGGGGGUCGCCGUUCAGCGACAAUGUUUUCGAGUUUGCCUGUGAAAAAGGGGUGGUAAAAAUGCAUUUUGACGGGUUGACCAUCAAUGGAAAAGAUCAUCCCAUCGAGUUUGAUGGGAAAGGCGUCGUCCCAGAGGUGGCUGAGUUCGCGAGGGCCAUUGUCAACGGUCGCCCGGUUGAGUCACGACAAUCUCCCGAAGAGGCGUUGGCUGACCUUGAGGUUUUGGAGCAGAUGUUGCAGAGUGGGAAGCGUGAUGGGGAGAAGAGGCAGUUACAUUUGCAGACGGAACUCCUAGCCUAG